AUGUACUUCCUGCUUACAUCUAAAAACAUUGACUUUUCUAAAUUGGGCGAAUUUGACGGAGCCCUGCGCACCGCCCUGUCGUCGAUUUGCAAUGUUCAAGCGCCCAGACGGAUGCACGCUAAUACCUUGGAGAGCCGGCAGAUGUUUGGCGUGGGAUGUUACGGUCCCUGGCACCCUCGCCGAACGAUAGUAAACCUGACAAGUAAAGAAUGCGGUUUGGCCGCGGCCAGGGCAGCGGACGAGAAAAUGAAAAAAUAUGGGAACGCCCUCCCCUCGAUGGAAUUCUUGCCAAUAUGUAUCGAGGUUCUUGGCUCGAUGGACCCCAACACCCUUAAAUUUCUUAAGGAAAUAUGCAAAAUGAUCAGCGUCAGAUCAGGCGACAGCAGGGAACUGUUUUUCGCAACCAACCACAUUUCGUGCUUGUUGCAGCGGUUCCUGCGUGUCUGUGUGCUUGAAAAUAUCCAACUGAAUGCCGUCACGUGCAAUUAA